AUGACUCGGCGCCUUGGCUGUGCAUCGCUGGCACAGGCAGGAGGCGUGUUGGCAGACAGGUUCUGGCGAUGUAAUGGCGCGGCAACGCCCAUCUUACUUUCUACGAAGGCCUUCCAUACGUCCGUCGGCGCUGCGACGGAGGACUUGUACCACCAGAUACCCGCCCAUGAAUCGAUGCAUGCGACCUUGGCCAGUGCAUCGGAUCGACGAUCGUUUCGUCAGCAGGGCAAUUCAGAGACACAGCGCAUUUCGUACAUGUUUAAUGCUGCUGCGUUCGGGAUUCCGAAAGAGCGUCCCUCCCGCAAACCAAGUAAGGAAUCCAAAUCCUCGAAACAGCAUGGUUUUUUCAAGCCGCUGGCGCAUUUCUUGCUAGGUGAUAAAGACCCAGCACCGCCCAAGAAGGAGGGAGAAGAAAAUGAAGAAGGUGAUACCUCGGUGCUGCCCUCGUCGCUCUCAUAUUUGCAUGGGAAGGGCUUGACAUCGACCAUUCGAGAUCAUGGUCGUAUUGUUCGAACGCGUCUGCUAAGCAAGCAAGUAGGCGAGGAUGCGUACUUUCUCAAAGCCGAUGCCCUGGGUGUGGCAGAUGGCGUGGGUGGAUGGGCCUCCAGUCCACGAGCGGACCCAGCGCUGUUUUCGCAGUUGCUGAUGCACUUUUGCAAGGCGGAACUGCGUCAGAUGGAUACCGAGUGCCUGCAAGCGAGUCUGGGUGAUGACCGAGAUGCUUUGUAUCGGUGGAUGAACUAA